AUGGCAAUCAUCCAAAGCCCUCAAUCUGCGACAACGGUGUUUCUAGACCAGCCACCAAGCUGUCUCGAGUUUUGCCCAGAAGCCCCAGACUACUUCAUCGUGGGAACCUACCUUCUGUCAGAAACCAAAACCGACCAGGACGAAAUUGAACAAAAAAAGACCGGAAGUCUGCAAUUAUGGAAACUGGACCCCAUCAGCAAAGCACUAUCCCAAAUCCAAAGAAUCGAUGUCCCAUAUGCAGUAUUUGACUUGCACUUCCACCCAAAGCAAAAGAAUCUAUUCGCUAUAGCCAGUAGCGUGGGAUCAGUCUCUCUAUUCCAAGUGCACGCAGACUCAACUUCACCAAGCAUCACCCAACUAUGGACAAAGCAAGUACACGAAGACCCCUCAAUCCCAGCCCUCUUCCUUGCCUGGGCACCAGAUGACUGGUUUCCGCAUUCCCCGGCAGACGGAUUCGCAGUCACAUUCUCUGAUAGUCGGACAUCUGUCUUUGGGACGGAAGGCGAUCUCUGCGAUCUAGUUGAAUGGGGUACCUUUGAAGCCAAACAGAUGAUCGAAGUGUGGUUCGUGGCUCUGGCUUCGAUUGGAAUGGACGACUCUAAAAUACCGUUCAUGUUCACGGGUAAUGAUUUCGGUUCUUUGCAUACGCGCCGUUUUGGUGACCUUGAUGAUCUGGAUGAUCAUCUUGCGCCUAUGUUGCUUGAGCAUGAUGAUCGCGCAAGACAUCACACUGCUGGUGUCACGGCUAUUUUGCCUUUAUAUGAUUCUUUGGUGGAUGAUGCGCCUGUUCUUUUGACGGGUUGUUAUGAUGAGGGUCUCCGUGUGUACCAUGCUACGCGGAGGGGUGAGGUUCUUGCUGAGCAGUGCUUGGAUGGUGGUGUGUGGCGGCUGCAAAUGUUGGAGACGAAGAAGAGAAUGGAUGCUGGGAAUACUGCGGUUACUGAAACGCGGUUCUUGGUUCUGGCGAGCUGUAUGCAUGCUGGGAGUAGGGUUGUGAGGGUUAGUUGCAAAGAGAAUGGUGGGAUUGGGGAUUGGGAUAUUGAGAUUUUGGCGAAGUUUACAGAACAUGAGAGUAUGAAUUAUGCCAGUGGUGUUUGGAAUGGGGUGCAUGGGGAGGAGAAGUCUGAGAUUUUGGUUGUGUCGAGUAGCUUCUAUGAUCGGAGGCUCUGUGUUUGGACGGCAGAUGUGUGA